CAUUUAUGUAUUUUUUUGCAUGAAAACUGGUCAUAUUGUCUCUUUCAAUCCAUUAUGAAAGUUAGAAAUUUCAUAUUUUAAAAUGCGUCGUUUAAAGAGCGUUGUAACUUUUAUUGUGGUAAUAGCUGCGUUUUCUUUUGGUAGCUUCAUCACAAAGAUACUCAUUUUGGUGGAGAAAUGCCCGGCCGAGCACAGCGGCCUCCAUGUUGCGACGCAUGCAGACAACUUUCUUUUGGUACUCGUUCUUAGCAGUCCCCGCAACAUGGAGCAAAGGAAUGCAAUCCGCGGUACUUGGCUUCGACUUUCUCCACGGCAUAUUUUCCAUUCCUACUAUCCUGAAGAAUUACUAUAUCUUCCUAACUAUGGACCCAAUGGUCAUUUGGAGAUAGAGUUGGUUGAGCAUCAGGAAAUUCGUCUGAAAGAGUAUAUCAACUGGAAAAAAAGCAGUAAAAACUUGCAUUCUCCUAAAAGGGCACGCAAAAUUAAAGUGAAACAUAUGUUCGCUAUCGGCACUAUGCAGCUGGGCAAAGCAAUACAGGACAACUUAUAUAGAGAACAAGGAAAACAUAACGAUCUAUUGUUACUUCCUAACCACUACGACACAUACUACAAUCUAACUGAAAAGAUUCUCCAAGCUAUGAAUGUUCUUACACAAACUUUUGAAUUUUCCUAUCUCAUCAAAGUUGACGAUGAUACUUAUGUAAAGCUGGAUACUCUAAUAAAUGAACUAAUUUCUUAUGACAACAAAUUACUCCAUAAAGAGCGAGAGUAUGGGACUAACCCUCUACCACAACUCUAUUGGGGCUACUUCAAUGGUCGAGCAACAAUUAAGCUUCAUGGUCAAUGGAAGGAGUACAAUUAUUAUUUAAGCAAAAACUACUUGCCAUAUGCUCUUGGAGGUGGAUACGUUCUAUCCCGCAAACUAUGUGAAUACAUUUCUAACAAUUCUCAAAUUCUAUCUCUGUACGCAUCAGAGGAUGUCUCUGUCGGGACAUGGUUGGCUCCGUUGCGCAAUGUUUAUAGAUGGCACGACCCCCGGUUUGACACUGCUUUUUUGCCGCGAAAAUGCAAAUCCUAUCACAUAGUCUUGCACAAACGUAGCAUGGAAAUGAUGGCUCAAAUUUUUGAUGGUAAGCUAUGCAGUGGAACUGGUCACAGCUCGGUUCUUGAAUACUACUAUGACUGGACAAAAACUGCUGACAAAUGUUGCGACAAUUUAGUACCUUAGAGCAUGAAAAUAAAAUUUCCUUGAAAGAAAAUUAUAAUGGACAUCGCUGCAUACCUGUGUUUAAUCAA